UUCGCUACAUGAUGCGUCAACAUAAAAAGCGGAUGAUGCUGUUAUGUAAAAACACGCUGAAGUGAGCCGUAGUUUGCAGGAGCUCCGCGGAAUGCUCGGCACGCCUCACUUCGUCCUAGAAACCUGGAUUGUAGUUUAAAGUGUACCGAGUGUGGAUUUUUACGCGUAGCGCAUGGAGCAGUGCAGUUUGGAGUAGGAAAAAAAAAAAAAAAAAAAAAAAAAACGGCUUCACCCGAUCAACUCAACAUGAGUCGCCUUCCACUCUGUUUUCCUCCUUCACUUGCGGGAAGCCUACACCUGACGCAUCACGCUCUUGCCCUGUGGAAGUAAUCUUUCUUCCCCCCCCCCCCCCUGUAAAGAAUCGUCUCUGCUGGGUUAUUUUCCAGUCUUCAAAGCGAGAGUGUAUGGACCCAUCUGAUAAUCCAUGAUGAUGCUUCACUGAAGUCCCUCUCUGAGCUGAAACACACUAUCGUGAAACCCCUUGGAUGAAGACGAGGUGGUGUAUCUGCUCCCGGACGCUGAGACCAUGGUGAAAUCUCAGCGGAGCCUGCCAGUGAAAUGUGGGAAGCCCCCGAAGGAGAAGGGAAUCAAGGAAAGAGGAGGUGGAGUGAAAAAGGGGAAAGAGAGAAAGAACGAGCUGAAAGGAAAGAAAAAGAAUGAUAAGAAAGAGUCACACCGAUGUAGAAAGAAAACGCUGGCGGUGGGUGAUGGAGACGCACUGGACUGUUGCGUCCUGCUCACCCGUCUGGAGGAGAAAGGAGUCAUGGGUAAAGUGAAGGACGCACCAAAAGCUGGGAAACAAAAGAGCGUUAAAGUCAAAAAGAAGCUGCACUCCAGCUCCAUUCAAAGAAGGACCAAAUCUGGACUAAAGAAAACUUCCACAGCCAAUCAUCAAGCACUGGAACCAAAUAUCAACCAAUCUGACGCCUUACUCAUGUUGCCGGCACCUGUCCUCGAGCCCCGCCGGCGGAGAAUGGCCUCUCUGAACGCUGAGGCCGUCAACAGCCUGCUGCUUUACAAAGACGAUUCUCUCGCCUCCAAUCUCGUGAAGAAACGGCCGUCUUCCAAUGAAGAUGCAGCUAAAGAUAGUCUGAAUGAAGCUGAACAUAGAGGUCAUAAAACAAAAAAGGUUUCUUCAGGAGGGAAAGUAGCACUGAAAGCGAAACCUAAAAAACAGAAACGGUCGUCAGUGGAAGCACUUAACAUCGACUGGCUCAGUUUGUUUGCGCCAACCCCUCGGCGUCAGGCGGGACUCACUGCUGCAACGCUGCUGAAACUCACCAGUGCCCCGUAUGGAACCAAACGGCAAAAGAAGUCGGAGUCCAAGUCAGGGAGUGGAAGCGAAGCAGCAGCUACGACUCAGGGUGAGAUUAGUGGUAAACCCUUGUGUGAAGGAACAACGCAGACCAAAAGAACAACGCAUCCCAAACAUGAGGAGCAACUAAAGCACAGACAACAGGGUACAGAAGAUCCGGUCCAUCCCCAGCUGGGCCCUAACAUCCAGGGAUGCUGUAGCUUAUGUAAGACAGAGGCUUUGGAUCACGAGUGGAAAGGCGCCACGGGGGGGCAGGAGUGUCUCAAACACGCUCUCCAUUGUGGCUCUGGACUGGGAUUCUCCUUAAAAACAAUCAAAGAGGAGCAGGUGGAGACCGAGGUGUCUUCCUGCUACUGCUGCUCCCAGGAGAGGUGUGUCGAGUACUGUCACAGACUGGCCCUCUUCCUGGAGGACAAGACCUUCAAGGAACCAGAGGACGGCUCGCUGUCCGACGUGUUCCACCACCACCAUCACCAUCACCAUCAUCAUCACCACCACCUUCAGUCUCCUCAUUCUGUAGCCCACCCAGCAGCCAUAACCAUCAGCCCGCACACGUACACCUGUUUCCCUGGCUACUACGUCCACUUCAGCCACCCGGACUCCUCCCCCUCUCCUGUAUCACCUCUUUCUUUAUGCCCAAGGAGCGGCAAGAGACCCAAACUACUCCCCAGCACAGGUCCGCAGCCCUCAGGGAUUAGCCAUCCGGUGUACUGCUGCACCUCAGUAGAGGCAUGCUAUGGAGAGCCCUGCAGGAUCAACGGCUACUCCGCUUAUACCAGUGUGAUUCCAGCCAUCGCCAGAGGAGGGUGCUCCUUCAGCCCCACAGACUGCACCAACUGCAACCACAGCAUCAAAAGAGACGACUACCCAUCAACCCUCAAUGACCAUCACAGCUCUUCCUCCAUCCCCAUCUCUCCCAGCCCCAGAAUCCUCACUGGCUGCCCCAUUCCCGCUGUGCCUCCAGCCGGCCAAUCAGUGCCCCAUGUUCAGACUCCGCUGUCCGACCCCAGCCAACCACAGCCUCCGCUGCAGGUGGCGAAGGAGUGCCCGCAGAGUGCCAAGCCGCCCAGCGGGUCAAAGUCUGGCGCACGCAGCACCGGCAGCAUCAGCUCGGCUGUCUGCCCUCUCAACAGGGACAAGAAACAGAAGCUCAACUCUCCCAGUGUCAGAGAGCGAUCGGUUGCCAAGCAGCCGAAGAACGGCCGCCAAAAAACCACCAACGGCUGGCGGCCAGUUGGCCUGCCCUUUCAGAAAGAGGUUUUCUCUGUGGGGGAGGAGACUCUGGUGCUGAGGAAGUGUUUUGAGGGAGUCCAGAGGGACGGGGACCUGAUUCGCGUCAGAGACACUGUUCUGCUGAAAUCUGGACCCCGGAAGAAGUCUCUGCCUUAUGUGGCCAAGAUCUCAGCUCUGUGGGAAGAGCCGGAGUCAGGAGAGCUGAUGAUGAGCUUGUUUUGGUAUUACCGUCCAGAACACACACAGGGGGGACGCAACCCCAGCAUACAUUGUGAGAAUGAGAUCUUUGCGUCCCGUCACCAGGAUGUGAACAGUGUGGCCUGUAUUGAAGACAAAUGCUAUGUCCUAACAUUGGCACAGUAUUGUCGAUUUUGUGCCUUGGUAAAACGCCGUAGGGAGGGCGUACAUGACAGUGCCGCCUCCCUCGUGGUGCCACCCAUUGUUGGCAACGCCAUGCCCACCCACCACUGUGUGCCCGAUGACAUCGACCCAGAGCUGGUGUUUUUCAGCCGACACGUCUAUGACUUCCGCUAUGGACGCCUCCUCAAGAACCUCCAGUAGCAUCUGACGGGCAUGACACGUUGUGCUAUGGGACGUGAGCUAAUGUUACUCUGGUUUCAUCCUCCACAACUUUAAUUAGCUACAAACCUACCUGCUGCCUCUGUGAGAGAGGAACUGGAAGUUUAGGAUGAAGGAGACAUGAGCUUCUUUUGAUUUAUUAUCACUUGUUCAUACUUAACAUGCCACACAUUUAUUUAGCAAGAGUAACGGUCUGACAUAUUGUAUAUGAGUUGUUAUUAUGGCAGUGUAAAUGGUCUUUAUCAUACAUGGCUCUCUGGUGUUGUAGCAGCUGUGUGAAGAACCUGGAAUAUACUCUGCUGUAGAAAAUGCUACUGUAGCUCUUAGAAAUGUGACAUUUGAUAGAUAUGAGGAGAAGUUGAUGUUACAUGUGAAUAAUGUUACUACCUGCCUGCAGAUUAUGAGGCACAAAAAGUCUCCAUGAUACGCCAUGGAUAAAGAAAAUCUGAGACAUACUGUGCCGAAACAAAGAGAUUUCUCAGUUGCUGAAGACUUAAUUACAUUUAUCAUUAGAUUUCUCUGUAAUUUGCGGUUGAUUCGUCUAUUUCUUCCCAAAAGCUAAAGGAGAAGAUUGAUACCACUCUCAUGUCUGUACGGUAAAGCAACAGACAUUUAGCAGCUGGAAACAGCUAGCCUCCCGUCUUCAUGCUAAACUAAGCUAACAGACUAUACAGACAUAAAUAUCAGUGAGAAAGAAAAUAAGCAUAUUUCCAACAUUUAAAAAAUAUUCUAUAAUUUAACAUUUCCAUUUUCAUGUAAGUGUAAUCGACGUGUAGAUCUAUGUAGUAAACUCUGAACACAGCUGUGAAGAAAGGUCUCGAUCAAAAGAUUUGAUUAAAUAUACGCAGUUUUAUUAUCACUGAUCACUUUCAUGCACAGCAAACAAUGGAAUGUGGAAGUUUUUUCCGCUACAUCUCUUCUUAGUUUCUAGGAUAAUUAUAGGUUUUAUGUCUUAUCUGUAACUCUGAAAUUCACCUCUGUGGUGAUUUUCGCACUGUAGGACGGACCGUGCACACUACAAAGAAGGCACAGUUGAGUUUGUUUGGUUUCGCAGUGUGAAGAUGUCCAACGAGCUAAGCGUUGAGGGGAUUUUUGUUAUGCCAAUGCUGAGGGAUAUUUUACUUUCUCAAAGCUGUUUGCCAGAGGUGUGAUUCAACUCUGGUGUCAGCUAACUGUAUAUUUGCAUUUAUGUCUGGAUGAGUGUCUGAUCCUGGCAGAUGGCAUCAGUUAGUCACCUAUAUUCUUGUUUCUUCACCGAUGAGAUGGUGAGUAAUGUAUUCAGUGUAGCAUUUAGAUCUGUGAUAAUGAUUCAUUCCUAUGUUUGAGAGAAGAUAUGUAUUUAUUUCUGUACUGAGAAAAUAUAAUUUAUUUUCAAAAGAUAAUUUUAAAGAAUAGAGUUUUAGAUGAGUGGCUUUCACUCCUGAUUAGAAGGAAGGUCAACAUUGUCUCUCCUUAGCUGCACUGUCUAAGAUGAAAAGUGUGUGAGUCAUUUGCAAUAGUGUAUCUGUGAUUGAUUGAGCUCGCUUGCCCGAUACAAGCCUAUUAAAUGUUGUUUUGAGAUGUUGAAGUCCUCGAGGCGGAUUCGAGGACGCACCUGGAGGUGUUUGGAAGGAUAUCAGCUACAGUUUGAAGGACACCUGAUAACAUGUGACCAGAGAUGCUUAGCGUGCAGGACCAAAACGUACCUUGGCCUCUCCCAGCUUCCUGUCAUUCUCCUUUCACAUGUCCUCAGAUGAUAAAGCUUUGCCUCUUCACCUUUUAAAUGCCGAAUGCUACAAUGAUUUAAAUGUACCUUACCAUUAGCCUGUGCCCUUGAUCUUGCUGCCUUAUAGAACAUUCCCAGCCUUUCAUUUAGAAAUGUGUACCAAUCUCAGCCUGGGGUUAUGAAGCUUCUUAGUGUGCUGAUCUUGAUUCCUAGAUGCUUGAAAUGCAUCUCAGGUCCAUCUCAUUCAUAUGAUCUUAAACAUAAAACUAACCAGUGAUCAACACUUUUAUUUUGACAAAUGUCUGCACAUUUGAUUUAGUAUCGAACACCUGAAGACGAGAUGGCUGUUAAAGAACCGUUUCACAUUUUGAAAAAUACACUGAUUCACAUUCUUGCAGUGUUAGGUGGGAGGAUUGAUACCACUCAAUCACAUAAAGACUGGAAGCAGCGGUAAACAGUUAGCCUGCGACUAAAACCACCUACCAGCACCAGUACCUCUAAAGUUCACAAAUUAACAAAUGAUAUGUUGUUUAAUCUGUAACAAUCAAACUGUGAAAGCAAGAGUGCUGCAUUUUCCACCUACCUCCAGUCUUUGUUUAGCUACUAAGCUAACCGGUUAGCUAGAGCUCAUAUUUGACAUACAGACACGGGAGUGGUCUUGCUCUUUUCAUCUAACUCUCUACAAGAACGUAUUUUUUCCCAAAAUGUCAAACAUUUCCUGCAAGUUUGUGGUUUUAUCCUUCUCAAAUAACAGAAGCUGUGGUUAGCUUGAUUUGUAACAAUUGCGAUUAAUUACUGAACUACUAGGUUUGGUACAAACAGUACCAAGAAGUCCGUAGAAACUUCUUCAGCAAAAUCCACUUUCAUCUACUGUCCAUCUGCAUCCUCAUUAUGUUCCGAACAACCACUUUUUUUGCCAAAAUAUUGCUAAAGAAACUUUUUGGCAGAGCUUUGUGGAUGGUGCUAGCACAACACAGACGUGGUGUACUUUGCCAUGGACAGUGAAGAAAUGGAUUAUGCAGGAGUAUUUGAGACGAAACAUUUUUUACUCUGCUUUGAAACUUGUCACUGUACUGAGUAUCCACAAGCACUGUUCCACGUGAAGGAGGAAAGUACAAGCUACCUGUCGCUACCUUGCAAGCACAGGGGGUGAGUCUUUGAUAGUCGAAAGGUUUUGGGUGGAAUAUCACUAUAAACUGCCCACAUCCUGUCUACCUGAAUAAAUAUAUUCAUUUUGGUUAAUUCAGUUCACUAGACUAAAAUGAAGCGAAUAGACCUUGUCAUCAACCUGCCUUUCUCAGUAAACCAAAGGUAAUCAGUCUGAAAAUGAUCGUAUGAAAAUGGUAAAAAGAUCUCUCCACUGAAGGAAACAUUUUUUUGAAUAUUGAUGCAUGAUGAAUGUAGUAAAGCCCAAACAGCACAAUACUACAAAGCAGAACUGGGUAAACUACAUUUGGUUUGAUUUCAUUUUCAAAUCCAAUCGGGUGUUCUGGAUCAGUGUUAGAAACCACACACAGUUCAUAUCAUGCCCUUAGGAAUCACUCAGCCAACUAAUUAUGUUUAAUCAAGAUGUGUGAUACUUAUGUCUUAGUUGGUCCUCUGUGCCUAUUCCCAUUAACCCGUAUAUAUUCCAAGCGUUUUCCAUGAAGAGAAGGACGAGCAGUUGCUGUUGUUUUUACUCACCUUCCAAAUGCCUUUCAUUUUUGUCAGAUGACGCUGGUCUGAUCUUGAAUCACCACAAAGAAAUGUUUGCACCAAAUAGAGAGAGAGAGAGAGAGGAUGGUAUUAAACUGAAUUUAACUUCAUUCCCAGGUGUACAAAAACCUAGACUUUGGUUCUUCUGAUCUGAAUUUAUGUUCAUAUUCUUUGCAUGGCGUUUCGGAGGUAUCUUGGAAAUAUUAAUCACAGCACAGAUUAUUUGUAUGGUUUCAAAUGGACCUCUGUAAUAUAAGAAAAAUAUUUAAUUGUAAUAAAUAAUAUAUGAGUUUGAA